AUGGACAAAGGCAAGAGGCCCGCUGCUACGAGCUCUGAAGCCAUGUGGGUGUCGGCCAAGGAGCUCUUCGGCAUAGAGUCAGACAGCGACGAGGAGCGGCGCCCGGCGCCGUCGUCGAAGGCCUCCGCCCCCGCCCCCGCGCGCGGUGUGGACGUGGGCGCCACCUACUCGGGCACCGGCACCGGCACCGGCACCGGCGCUGUCCGCGCGUCGUCAAGCAGCGCGCCCGCGGAGACGCAGCAGGUCGCGCCCUUCGAAGACGGGCAGUACGUGCGGCUCCGCAACCGCGGCCGCGGCGGGUACCUCUUCGCCAACGAGGAUGGGCGGGGCGUCUCCAUCGACCACCGCCGCCACAUGGUCAACACGGCGUGGGCCGUGCAGGUCCUCGCCGCGCGCGUCCUCCUCCGCGGCGCCUACGGCCGGUACCUCUCCGCCACGGGCAGCGCAGCGCGAUCCGGUCACAUCGGCGGCUACGUCGCGCAGUGCAUCGUCGAGUUUCAGGACGACCACCACAUCGAAUGGUCGGUCACCAGGGGGAAGCGCGGCGGCGUCGUGCUCCUCCGCGGCAUGGACGGCGGCACGUGUGCGCUCCGGGCGAACGGGCGGUACCUGCGGUGGAACAAGGGCGUCACCUACGGGGGCGUCGACUUAAACAGCAUCAGCUCCAUGCUGGAGUGGGAGGUCCAGGUCAUCCCCCUGACGGCGGAGAGGCCACCGUACCAGCCGCGACCACCAAACGCUGCAAUCCGAUGGCCCGAAGGCUGUCUGGAGUCGGUCACUAUCACUUUCAGUCAUGCUUGGUUUGGUGAUAAUGGACGCAUCGAACACGGGCAAUGGACACAGAUGCGGUUCUGUGGGAGGAGUCUGACUGAGCUGGGAAAUGCGAUAGCAAAUCGAUUGGGUGUCCAGUUCGAGAACAUGACUCUGUGUGUUCAGGCAGGCGACCUUGCCCGGCCCGUCCCUCUCCUCACCGACCUGCCUUUAAGAGAUGAUCCCACCAUCAUCCUGGCGUUCAUGGUCGAUUCACCAGGGUACAAUGCGCUCCGGUUUCCAGAUCUUGCCGCUGAAUAAAAAGGAAGAAUAGGAUCGAACAACAAUUCUUCCCCCGGACAGAAAUGCCAAUGCCUGUACAGCAAAUCGAACAGUUAAAGAGAACACCUGCUGUUUCUGCUAGACCCGUCAGUUCCUGUUCCAAAACGGUUACAUCGAUGUACUCGUGUUGACAUUUCUCUCUUCAAACAGUUCAGAGAACGCAUGGUUGAUGUCUACUAAUUCUCUAUGUCGAUCCGGUACUGCUGAAAUUUGUCUAUGUCCAAAACAGUUACAUCGAUGUACUCUGUGUUGAUGUCUAAUGAUUUGAGAGUAGUAUUAUCUUGC